ACGUCUGCGCUCAUACGCAGGCUAAAGAUUACGAGAUUCAGACCUAAUAUCGAAUUCGCAUGAAUGAAAAUUGAAAAGUCUUCCUUGAAAUUUGCUCGCUGUGUCGCCCUGCUUAAUAAUACUUUUUUUUGAAACCCAACGCUAUGGAUUACACGAGUGCGGGCAGUCCUGAGCCCCCGAAUCCGUUGAGAUUGGGUACCGUUACCCAAAAGAAAACUGACCGCGUCACCCUACAAGUUGGGGAGCGCCGAUUCACAACGCUCCGCGAUACUCUCGUCGGCGAAAGCGAGUAUUUCGCCGCCCGCCUUUCGGAUCGAUGGAGCGACUGCGAUGAAGAUGGUUCCUACUUCAUCGACUCGGACCCAACGCUCUUCAGUUACAUCCUGAGUUACCUACGCAGCGGAAGCCUUCCGGUAUUUUUCGACAGUGUCACACUGACUUGGGAUCACGCCAAGUACCUAACUCUGCUAAGCGAAGCUCGAUACUUUGGCAUUGAGAAACUAUGCGUUUGGAUCGACAAGCAACAAUACUUAGACGUUGUCACUCUCGAAAAGACAAUGGAGAUAAUCGAAAACGUCCAAAAGUCCGAGUCAGUGAAUCGUAUCCUGAAUCAUCCGUUCCAGGGAGAUAGACGGCUCGACAUUUCGACUACAUGGAGUUCUAGGCAGGCUUAUGUCUGUCCACGGGGCAUCCCUGUGCACUACGAUGAUCAAUCGAAAUGUGGUCGAGCUUGUGAAAAUGCGCGAGACGACAACGAUGGUAAAAUAGAUUACGAAGAGAUACCGGUCUUGAAGGCCGUCGUGACUACCACCAAUGUCAAAGUGAGGACUAUAAACCAUUGAGUGGUACACAAGGUUGAAUUUGACUGUCCUUCGGGUUGUUGAAUGGGAAUAGUUCAGGCUCUAAUCGAUCAACUCGAUACCCUAUUUACUUGCAGUAUACAGUAGGCAGAGCACUGUAAUUAAGCCUAAAGUGGCCUACUAGGCACGUGCGUAGCGCCCUUGUGUUGAUUCCAUGCUUCC